AGCAUCACCAUCACAUGACGUGACGUGUAGCCAGCAUGGCGGCGCUGGAGCUGAGAUAGAACCCCUACUGGACAGACACCGAUAGCCUGGCUUUUGCUAGCUUCCCUCGUUACCUGCUUUCUUCGCGGGGGCCAGGCCGAACAUGACGGCCUGAGGAGAGGAACGGUUACUCGACCGAGAGAUGCAGGAGCAGCGACAGCGGCCGCCACGGGAGCAGCAACGGCAGCACUCGCAGUCGGAAAACAGUAAAACCAAGAGCAUGUUUCUGUCUAGGGCGCUGGAGAAAAUCCUGUCGGAUAAGGAGUUGAAGAGGAGCCAACACAACCAGCUGCGCAAAGCCUGUCAGGUGGCGCUCGAUGAAAUCAAGGAAGAACUGGAAAAGCAAAAGGAUGGCACGGUGGUCCCACCCAAAGCAAACUACAUCGAAGCUGAUAAAUAUGUGCUGCCCUUCGAACUGGCCUGCCAGUCGAAGUCCCCCCGGAUAGUUAGCACCUCUUUGGACUGUUUGCAGAAACUGAUUGCAUACGGUCACAUCACUGGAAACGCCCCAGAUAGCAAAGCGCCGGGCAAGAGGCUGAUCGACCGCCUGGUGGAAACCAUCUGCAACUGCUUCCAGGGCCCACAAACUGAUGAGGGAGUCCAGCUACAGAUCAUCAAGGCCCUACUGACAGCAGUGACUUCCCCGCACAUAGAGAUCCAUGAGGGCACGGUGCUGCUGACCGUCAGGACCUGCUACAACAUUUACCUGGCCAGCCGCAACCUCAUCAACCAGACCACAGCCAAGGCCACUCUCACUCAGAUGCUCAACGUCAUCUUCACACGCAUGGAGAACCAGGCCGCCCUGGAGGCGCAGGAGAAGGAGCGGCUGCGGCUGCCCCAUCAGAACCCUUCCCCAGUUCCAGGUGGCAGGAGGUCCGGCUCCCCUCGCUCUGACCGGACCUCAACCCCCGAGCCUCAGAACUCCCCCUCCCCAGGAAUCAGUACCCCAGACCUCAGCACCAACGCCGACACCACCUGCUCCACCACACCCCCGCCCCCAGCAGCUGACCCAGACACAGACGGGGCCUCUGUUAACGGAGAAGAUGAAGAUGGAGGUUCAGAGCAAGUCACGCCAUCUAGAGAUUCAGUGUUUGAAGAUGAAGGUGUUGAGAAGCACCCUGUAGCAGCUCAGGAAGGAAACAACUCCAACCCAGCAGAGUCAGUGGCAGCAGACGGAGAGCCUGGACAGACUCACCCUGGAACAGAUGGUGAGCCCCCAAUUCAGUUUGCUCCUGAGCAGACAGAGGUGGCGCCAUCCAGAGGCAGAACAGAGGCUCAGCAGAUGAACGGUAUCAUCGAGGAUCGCACCUCUGUUUCCUCCGCUGACAUUCUGGAUGCGGACGCUUUGCAUGGACCCAACAACGCAGCGCGGUUCUCCCAUAUCCUGCAGAAAGAUGCUUUUCUGGUGUUCCGCUCUCUGUGCAAACUCUCCAUGAAACCUCUGGCCGACGGUCCUCCUGACCCCAAGUCCCAUGAGCUGCGCUCUAAGAUCGUGUCCUUGCAGCUGCUGCUGUCUGUGCUGCAGGGCGCCGGGCCAGUGUUCCGCACCCACGAGAUGUUCGUGAACGCCAUCAAACAGUAUCUCUGCGUGGCCUUGUCCAAAAACGGCGUCUCCUCUGUGCCAGAGGUGUUCGAGCUCUCAUUAGCCAUCUUCCUAACUUUACUGUCGCACUUCAAGGUUCACCUGAAGAUGCAGAUUGAGGUGUUUUUUCGGGAAAUCUUCCUGACCAUCCUGGAGACGACAACCAGUUCCUUUGAACACAAGUGGAUGGUUAUACAGACCCUGACACGCAUCUGUGCAGAUGCCCAGUGUGUGGUCGACAUCUAUGUAAACUACGACUGUGAUUUAAAUGCCGCCAACAUCUUUGAGCGUCUUGUCAAUGACCUGUCUAAGAUCGCUCAGGGCCGGAGUGGGCAGGAACUCGGCAUGACUCCUAUACAGGAGCUGAGUUUACGUAAGAAGGGCUUGGAGUGCCUGGUGUCCAUCCUCAAAUGCAUGGUGGAGUGGAGCAAAGAUAUGUACGUGAAUCCCAACCUUCAAGCUAACCUGGGUCAGGAGCAUCCACCCGACUCAGAAGGAGGAGAGCUGAAGCUCCCUGAGCAGACGGCAGGACGCCGGGACAGUGUCAGCUCGCUGGACUCCAACUACUCCAGCAUUACUAUGUCGCAGGCAGACCACCCAGAGCAGUACGAGGUGAUCAAGCAGCAGAAGGACAUCAUCGAGCACGGCAUCGAACUAUUCAACAAGAAACCCAAGCGUGGCAUCCAGUACCUGCAGGACCAGGGCAUGCUCAGCUCCACUGUGGAGGAAAUUGCCCAGUUUCUCCACCAGGAGGACCGGCUGGACACGACGCAGGUGGGGGAGUUUCUUGGCGAGAACACAAAGUUCAACAAAGAGGUGAUGUACUGCUACGUGGACCAGCUGGACUUCUGCGGCCGGGACUUUGUUUCAGCUCUGAGAACGUUCUUGGAAGGCUUCCGGCUGCCAGGGGAGGCGCAGAAGAUCGAUAGGCUCAUGGAGAAGUUUGCUGCGCGGUACCUCGAAUGUAACCAAGGACAAACCAUGUUUGCCAGUGCAGACACUGCAUAUGUGCUGGCGUAUUCCAUCAUCAUGCUGACCACAGACCUGCACAGUCCUCAGGUGAAGAACAAAAUGACAAAGGAGCAGUACAUCAAGAUGAACCGGGGCAUUAACGACAGCAAGGACCUUCCUGAGGACUACCUCUCCUCCAUAUACGAUGAGAUCGCUGGCAAGAAAAUUGCCAUGAAGGAAAGCAAAGAGUUUUCAAUCACUCCAAAGUCAACCAAGCAGAGUGUGGCCAGUGAGAAGCAGCGCCGCCUGCUCUACAAUAUGGAGAUGGAGCAGAUGGCGAAGACGGCUAAAGCGCUAAUGGAGGCCGUCAGCCACGCUCAGGCUCCGUUCUUCAGCGCCAAACAUCUGGAGCACGUCAGACCCAUGUUCAAGCUUGCCUGGACUCCGCUGCUGGCUGCCUUCAGCGUGGGACUGCAGGACUGUGACGACCCAGAGGUGGCCUCGCUAUGUCUGGAGGGCAUCCGAUGCGCCGUCAGGAUCGCUUGCAUCUUCAGCAUGCAGCUGGAGAGAGACGCCUACGUCCAAGCCCUGGCCCGCUUCACGCUGCUGACGGCCAGCUCCAGCAUCACUGAGAUGAAGCAGAAGAACAUCGACACCAUAAAGACGUUGAUCACCGUUGCUCACACUGACGGGAACUACCUGGGCAACUCCUGGCAUGAGAUACUGAGGUGUAUUAGUCAGCUGGAGCUGGCCCAGCUGAUCGGCACAGGGGUGAAGACGCGCUACAUCUCAGGAGUGGUCCGAGACAGAGAGGGGAGCAUCAGGGGGCUUCCUCCUGGUACUGAGGAGUUCAUGCCUCUGGGACUGGGAAACCUGGUUGGAAGUCAGGACAAGAGACAAAUGGCUCACAUCCAGGAAUCAGUGGGAGAGACCAGCUCUCAGAGUGUGGUGGUGGCUGUUGACAGGAUUUUCACCGGCUCCACCCGACUAGAUGGAAACGCAAUCGUGGACUUUGUUCGCUGGUUGUGUGCGGUGUCCAUGGACGAGCUGGCCUCGGCACAUCAGCCCAGAAUGUUCAGCCUGCAGAAGAUCGUGGAGAUUUCGUACUACAACAUGAACCGCAUCCGGCUGCAGUGGUCUCGAAUUUGGCAGGUUAUCGGAGAUCACUUCAACAAGGUGGGCUGUAACCCGAAUGAAGAUGUCGCCAUCUUUGCCGUGGAUUCACUGAGGCAGCUCUCCAUGAAGUUCCUGGAGAAAGGAGAACUGGCUAACUUUCGCUUCCAGAAGGAUUUCCUCAGGCCUUUUGAGCACAUCAUGAAGAAGAACAGGUCUCCCACCAUCAGGGACAUGGUGAUCAGGUGUGUGGCUCAGAUGGUGAACUCCCAGGCAGCCAACAUCCGUUCUGGUUGGAAGAACAUCUUCUCCGUGUUCCACCAGGCUGCCUCCGAUCAUGACGAGACCAUAGUGGAGCUAGCUUUCCAGACGACAGGCCACAUCGUCAUGAAAACCUUCCAGGAGCAUUUUGCUGCUGCCAUUGACUCCUUUCAGGAUGCCGUGAAGUGUUUGUCGGAGUUUGUGUGCAACGCAGGUUUUCCUGACACCAGCAUGGAGGCCAUCCGGCUCAUCCGGCACUGUGCUAAAUACGUUUCUGAACGACCUCAGGCGCUGAGGGAGUACACCAGUGAUGACAUGAACGUUGCGCCUGGGGAUCGGGUUUGGGUUCGCGGCUGGUUUCCCAUCCUUUUCGAGCUUUCAUGUAUCAUCAAUCGCUGCAAACUGGAUGUCCGCACCAGAGGCCUCACGGUUAUGUUUGAGAUCAUGAAAAGUUACGGCCACUCCUUUGAGAAGCACUGGUGGCACGACCUCUUCAGAAUCGUCUUCCGUAUCUUCGACAAUAUGAAACUGCCAGAGCAGCAGACGGAGAAAAUCGAGUGGAUGACGACGACGUGUAACCACGCUCUGUACGCUGUGUGUGACGUGUUCACCCAGUUUUAUGAGCCGCUCAGUGAAAUCCUGCUUCAGGACAUCUUCACUCAGCUGCAGUGGUGUGUCCGCCAAGAUAACGAGCAGCUGGCCCGGUCAGGGACCAACUGCCUGGAGAACCUGGUGAUUCUGAACGGGGAGAAGUUCAGGCCUGAGGUCUGGGACGUCACCUGCUCCUGCAUGCUGGAGAUCUUCCAGAACACCAGCCCCCACGCCUUGUUGACAUGGCGACCGGCUGGACAGGAUGAGGAAGCUGCUGAGGGAAAGCACUUCGAGUCCGACUUCGACAGUCAGUCCCAGAGCAGCUUCGACAGAGCUCUGUCCGAGAGGGGGCACAGCCAGAUGUCGAGCGACGACACCUGGAAGGGCAAGUCCAGCGCCAGAGUCUCGGACCAGAGGUUGUUUGCAGGCCUGCUCAUUAAGUGCGUUGUGCAGCUGGAACUGAUCCAGACCGUUGACAACAUCGUCUUCUACCCAGCAACCAGCAAGAAGGAGGAUGCCGACAACAUGGCUGCCGCGCAGCGAGACGCUCUGGAGCAGUCGGAGGCAGCGGGAGAAGAGCCGGCUUCAGAUCAGGGCAUGUACCGUCACAUGACGUCCGCUCACCUCUUCAAGCUGCUCGACUGUCUGCUGGAGUCGCACAACUUCGCCAAGGAGUUCAACUCCAACAACGAGCAGAGGACGGCGCUGUGGAGGGCAGGAUUUAAGGGGAAGUCCAAGCCCAACUUGCUGAAGCAGGAAACCAGCAGCCUGGCCUGCAGCCUGAGGAUCCUGUUCAGGAUGUACUCUGACCCCAAGCUGCAGGACUCGUGGCCGGACAUUCAGACACGCCUGCUGCUGGUGUGUACGGAAGCUCUGAGCUACUUCAUCAGCCUGACCUCAGAGAGCCACAGAGAGGCUUGGAACAGCCUGCUGAUGCUGCUGCUCACCAGGACACUACGGCUGCCUGACGACAAGUUCAAGCCCCAUGCUUCCUGUUACUACCCCCACCUGUGUGAAAUGAUGCAGUUCGAUCUGAUUCCGGAGCUGCGGGCCGUCCUCAGGCGCUUCUUCCUGCGCAUCGGCUCCGUCUUCCAAAUCGCUGCUCCCGACGGGGCGCCCGCCCGGACCUCCGUCUCCUAGGAGAUGGUGGGGGAGGAGGGUUCGGCGCAUGUCUGUGUGUGGCAAGGGGGGAGAAAACGUUUUAAAAAAAUAAUAAUUUAAAAUAAAUAAAAACAAAGGAGAAAGUUGACGUGAGGAUCUAAGGUGGACUUGAUGCAUAAACUGUCCUCUCGUCUGUCAGACCAGAUUGGAUUAGAGGGGGAAUGGAGUCGGAGUGCGUUUCCGGUCUUGUUUCAGGAUUCUACAUCAAAGUGUUCAACGUUUCUGUCGUCUCUCAGCCUGUAGAGAAACCUCCAUCCUCACUCUCUGGGAUAAACAGCACUGUGACCGGCUCUCAUCUCUCAUUGUCCCAAUGACAAAAAACUGUAAAGAUAUAAUUUAUUGUUGCUAAAUCCUCUUUGUUCUUGGAUCGCUUUCUGUUUUUAUUUUUAUUUUUUCAUUUUUAAAGCUAAUCUAAGAGAAUGGGAGUGAAGCAGACGGGAAUCUAAAGGUUUCCCUUUGUUGAAAAAUGGCUUUCCGCCAACUGUGCCUGUUUGGACGAGGAUGAUCUUAUCAGUUUCCGCUCCACCUCCAUAUCCGAGUUGUUCGGGUAGCAACCGAUUCCCGUUAACAGAGACUAAAAACUGUUUGCUGCACACAACACUAUUGGAGAUCAAGCAGCUUUACAUGGGACUUUGCUCUGUUGUCUUUGUUAGCAAUAUUUUAUUUAUUAUUUUUGAUUAUUUGCUUUUGCUUGUUUUAUUGGUUGUUGUUUUUUUUUCGUGAGAACUGCUAAGUUUACACUGAAAAUUUUUUUUUUUUUUUCUGGCUUGCUCAUAAAACAUCCAGAUUAACUGUUAGAGAAUCCCUGUUAGCUCCCCAAACUCUGCCUUCAUCCGUCAGUCAGGUUUACAGUCCAUUUCCACACUUUUUGCACAUCUGUUUGCCCCAUUCAAUUAUUAGUUCCGAAUAUCCAUCAGUGUUGGUUUACUUUAACCUCGCAGUUCAACAAAAGUGUUCAGGAUAACUCCCGUCAACAUCGUUCGACCCGCGGUUCAUCCGGAGUGUGUUCCACGGCUUUUCUGGAGGAUGUAUGUAAUUAUUUCAAGUGCAUUUAAAUAUAUUUUUUUUGAAAAAGCAUUCCUUCCCUUGCAACUAUGGAUGUCUACUUUUUCUUCCCUAAUGCCGGGGAGUAUAUAAAUAAAUAAAUAUAUAUGUAUAUUAUACAGUAAAUGACAAAAGUACAGACUGUAAAGUUUUCCAUGUAAGAUACAUAGAAAUGAAAGUGCUUAUAUGGUUCUAUACAUAAUAUUGUGAUGUAAUCUUCCAAACAUUUGGUGAAGUAAUCAAUAAAUCUGAUUUCUGGUCUGUUCCAGGUA